UAUUUACACAGUAUGUUGCUACAAGGAGAGCGAAUAUCACGUGAAUAUGUACAAGAAUGGGUGGAGGUGGGGUACUCGUUUCUAAAUGAUAAAGAUACGCCGCGGGUUAGAAACUUUACUAAAGACGGUGGAGCAUUCAGGUACCAGUCAAGUAGCGAGCUGUGUAGAGACCGGUGGAUAAUAUGGAGAAUAAAAGAUGAUACGGUGGAACUGAGCGAGCUGUCUCUACAUCUCAACCUCAGUGGGAAUGGUCUCCGUCUCUACUUCCCUAACACUACGGUGCUGUCCCCAAUAAUGAUAGUGGAGGAAGGACUGACUGUCAGUAUCCUAAUAGCUACAACAGCUUCAGUUCACAGGAUCAUCUGUCCUCACCCGUCUUCUGAGCAGUCUUGCUUUAACCUGGGAACUGUCAAAACCAACACCGCCAGUGUGCUCGAAUCGAUCGACACUACAGUUCUCCAAACUAAACACCAUUUCUCCUACAUCCCUCACGAUGUAGCACCCUCCCUUGCCACCGCAGCUCUCACACAGAUUGGAGCUGCAGUUUUUGCUUUCUCCUACCCCUCAGCUGAUCUUAGACUUGUCACUCUGCCUCCUCUCGGUACUGAUGCAGCUGUUCUACAGACGGACCUACACCAAAGAUCGCUGAUGCAGAGUUUAUGGUCGGGAGUAAGUCGCAGGUCCACUAUGGUGGAGUCAGUGUCGGCCCCUCUGUCUCUCACAAUGUCACAACUUGGUCCUGAUAUGCUCCUAUUCUCGCUUUGCAAGGACGUGAAACUGCGAGUGUGGUCUGUGAACAACAAGGAUAUUAUGAACAUGGAGGCGAUACCCUGCAAAACAGAUCUUAAGUUGCACGGAAAUCAUUCCUUGUGUUUCAAACCUGCUACUGCUGACUCAACUGCUAUGAUCGGCAUGCACCUGUCAUUUGUGGACGAUAGCGUCUUUAGAAUCUACACUGUCCUGUACAAUAACGAACAACUGAGCAUGACCCUGCUGUAUUACUGCUCUGGGUGGGACAUGCCUCUCAAACAUUUCUCAGUCACUGCAGAUAAGAUACUGGCUCUUCACGACGAGGCUGGAACUUCACGAGUGUUGACACUAAAGUUCGGUAACUCUGAAAACGAGGGUAGCUGGGAGGAGGCUCAGAUAAUAGAACCCUCUGAAUUAGACGAGGAAAUAUUUGAUGACAAGGAAUGUUUCGUUCAGUUUUGUCUGGGUGAAUUCACAGAGAACACCAUCUCUGCUGCUCUUGAUAAACUAGGGUUCGAGUUUGAAGAGGGAACUGUGGAUGAAGCUCUUGACAACUUCAUCCAGACACACGAAGCUAUGGGUGAUCUUGAAGAAACUCUCCCUGCACUCUACAGCGAAUGCCGCACAUUCCACAAUAUUAACUCCUGUCCAGUGAGCAUCUCAGAUGGGAUCCUAGUCAUGGCUGGAGAUCUCUCACUUCUCCUACCUAAUAGCUCUGAUUUCUACGUUAACGAGAACAGUGUGCUGAUGGGAGCGUUUGUAAAGCUCACAGAGUUCAUCCCAGCUACUGGAUGGGAACUGUUACAGGACAAUUCGAGUGAUAACUUGGUGGAUAUUGCUAGAGAGUUACUCAGUAACCACCUGAACCCUGAGUGCGCGGCAGAGCUGGAUGAACUGAUCCUGUCUAUGGAGAAUGUACAGGAAGUGUUGGAGUCGGCUGUGGGAAGUAUUGAUAAGUACCCUGUCUCAUCCCGUCAGCUCCCAACUCUCUUCAGGAGUGUUACUGGUACGGAAUGUCUGAUACGUGCUGUAGAUACAGGAGUGUUUGACGCUCACAAGACAUACGCUGUUUUGUUAGUGUGUCUAGUUUAUAUAGAGCAGGAGCAAGCAGGGGUGAGUGAGGAAACCCAGGCUAAAAUGAGAACCUCUCUUAUACCCGGCUGUGUGCAGAUAAUGAACAGAUUCAGUCUCCUCCAAUGGGUCCUGUCCAGCUCAGUAGAAACCUCGCCAGACUACGAUAACUUUGGUAACCUAAACAUCUCGGAGGUAGAGAAGAAACCCAAAACAAUCCUCCACCACUACCUCUCCUCCCGACACCCUCUUAUUGAGUAUAAGAGUCUGGAGGAUAUGAAGAAAACAGUGGUUGCUAUUAUCAAUGCUAUGUACCCUGGCUCUACGUUACUGGACCUGCCACAGUUUCUACUUUCAUCCCAGUACUACCAUCAGCUCAAGGAGUACUACACAAAGAGCGGGGACUGUUCAGCAGCGCUAAAACACAUUGCUGCUCAAGCCUACGCUGCUACCGGAGAACAAGCUACUGCUGUGAAAAUGUUUAUCGGUGUUGCAAAAAACCUGGACAUGAACAGUCCACUUCUCACAACUUUUAUAGGUAACCACGACGGAGUUUCCACGAACCUCCAGUACAUCACAAAGUGUAUCUCCAUGUUGGAGAGAAGUGGUCUCUCCGCAGCCAUCGUCUCCCUGGCAACCCAAGCUACACAGUUCUGUGAGAAAGAGCACCUGCCCCUGCUCCACUCGCUAGCUUUUAAACACGCUGUUGAGGCUGGAGAUUAUGAUAUGGCCUAUAAAGCCCUGUCUUCUAAUCCCUGUCCUUCUCAGAAACACGCAUGUCUCAAGAGGUUCGUAGUGGUAAUGGUAGAAGCAGGACAAGCAAAACGUCUAGUAAACUACCCGUACCACGGCUUUAAGGCAGAGGUAGUCAGUGUUCUGGAGUUUAAAGCGAGGAACUCAGACCUCAGACAGAAUCAACUGAAGAGUUAUUACAACCUGCUGUUUGCUUUCCAUGUUCAGAACAAGAUGUACCAGCACGCGGCAGCUACAGCCUACGAGCACGUGCUAAGGCUACAAAACGAGCUGCCUGGAGUCGCCUCCCUCCAGCAGCAACUACACGGCUACCUCACAGCUAUCAGCUGCUUGGAACUGCUCAGGGAAAAUGAUGCGUGGAUACUAGAACCUACACAGUAUGCUGAUGUGAGGGUGGCAGUGAACGCCUCUCCUAAACGUGGCAGGAGCGCUAAUCAGCCAAAAGAGAAGAAAUCUAACACCAAACUGACUCUCGUUACCGUAAAGGAACUAAGAGCCGGAUAUUUAAUGGUUGACAGUCUUGUUAAGAUAAGCGCUAUUAAACCUGACUCAGUUAAACUACACAACCUGUCUUCUUCCGAGGUGCUUGGUCUGCUCUGCAGCUGUGGACUCUACGACCAAGCCUUCCUCCUGGCCUCCUACCACGACCUCCCUCCCCCGCUGGGCUCUCUCACGGCACGCUGCGUUAAUGUAGCCCAACACUUUGCCGCCCACAGCCAUCUACCGUCAGGAUUUACGGAUUGGUUAGCGCUGAACAAUGUUCCCAACACAGAUGAACUAAACCCGGCUGACCGGGCCUGGCUCUACCUUCAGACGAAGGUAGAAGCGCACGGAGACUGGGAGUCACUGCGCGCGGUUCUCGCGCAGAUGCUCAGCGCUCCGUUCCCUCCUCCUUUCUGGUUGUUGAAACUGUGUAAACUAGUUAAUACUGAGGGGACCAUAAGAUUGUGUGCUCAGUAUGAUAGCCUUCAGCUCGCUGUUAACCUCGCUAUAGGGUAUAUUGGUGCAGUGGCAGGAAGAGAGACACGUGACUUUGGUUUAGAAAACUCGCUCCAGAGCAACAUGCCUCCCGUAUACGUUCCUUACACAGUAUUCGAUCAGGUUUUGCUGCAAUUGAAGCAGAAAACGGACAAAAGUUCCGCAGAAUUGUACAAAGAUUUGGUGGAGCAGAUAAACUCACAUAUAGACCUUUUAGAAAGAGUAUGCGAGGAUAACACUUAUCUAAACAGAGAUAAGCUGGUUUAUUCCUUGACUUGAGAAGGAAUCACGUGGUGUGACGUCAUAACACGUGGUGUGACGUCACACCACGUGUUAUUCCUUGACUUGAGAGUGGUGGAACUCUUGAUUUAUAUUUUAUGUUAUCGCGUUUUAUUGCAUAGAGUAUUUCUACUCUAGAGCGAUAUUCGAACACUCAUAUCUACGGUUUAAUUUAUCAAAACCAGUUUUGAAUAUGACACCAGAUUUUUAUAAAAUGGGAUAUUAUGAUGCACCCGAGCAUACAAUUUUAAAUGAAUUGAAAUCGUUCAGUACUUAGAAGCUAGAUUCUAGAACUUAAAUAACUUGACAAAGGGUGCAAUGAUAUUUGGGAAAUCAUUAAAAUCAAUGUAAAUCGAACUUGUAUAUUUUUCUAAUUACGGAUUCAGUUGA